AUGACCAAACAUAGCGUUUUAUUUCUUUCUCUCUUUUUCGGCUUUUCUUUCUUUCUCUCUUUUUCGGCUUUUCUUUCUUUCUCUCUUUUUCGGCUUUUCUUUCUUUCUCUCUUUUUUUUUCGGCUUUUCUUUCUUUCUCUCUUUUUUCGGCUUUUCUUUCUUUCUCUCUUUUCGGCUUUUCUUUCUUUCUCUCUUUUCGGCUUUUCUUUCUUUCUCUCUUUUUCGGCUUUUCUUUCUUUCUCUCUUUUCGGCUUUUCUUUCUUUCUCUCUUUUUUUCGGCUUUUCUUUCUUUCUCUUUUUUCAGCUUUUCUUUCUUUCUCUCUUUUUUUUCUUUUCUUUCUUUCUCUCUUUUCGGCUUUUCUUUCUUUCUCUCUUUUUCGGCUUUUCUUUCUUUCUCUCUUUUUCGGCUUUUCUUUCUUUCUCUCUUUUUCGGCUUUUCUUUCUUUCUCUCUUUUUCGGCUUUUCUUUCUUUCUCUCUUUUUCGGCUUUUCUUUCUUUCUCUCUUUUUCGGCUUUUCUUUCUGACACACACUCUCUCUCUCUCUCUCUCACACACACACAUACUCUCUGUCUCUCUCUCUCGCUACAUCCUCUCUCACCUAACUCUACGCCUCCUCUCUUUCACUCUUUCUGCGUCUCUUCUUUUCCACACACACACACACUCUCUCUCUCUCUCUCUCUCUCUCUCUCUCUCUCUCUCUCUCUCUCUGCUCUGUUCACACACUUACACACUCUUGCGUCCCUUGUCUACUCCCCGCACACAUACUGUCUCUCUCUUUCUCCGCAUCCCUUGUCUACCCUCACACAUUCUCUCUAUUUGCGACCCUUCUCUCAGAUAUUCUCUGUCCCUUCUUUUCCAUACUCCCUCUCUGUUUCUUCCCCCCCCACGAUACACACACACUCUCUCUCUCUUUUUCUGCACCCCUUCUUUAACACACACUCUCUCCCAUACUCUUUCACUUCGUCCCUUCUCCCACAUAUUCUCUCUCACCAUGCGUCCCUUCUCCCACAUAUUCUCUCUCACCAUGCGUCCCUUCUCCCACAUAUUCUCUCUCACCAUGCGUCCCUUCUCCCACAUACUCUCUCUCACCAUGCGUCCCUUCUCCCACCAUGCGUCCCUUCUCCCACAUACUCUCUCUCUCUUUCACUGAGUCUCAACUUUGCAGUAUUCCGUGAUGACAAAGGCAAUCCCCAUGCGCUUGACGCGUACUGCCCUCAUUUGGGCGCUCACCUGGCCGUCGGGGGCAGAGUCUUUGGCAACUGCAUCGAGUGUCCGUUCCAUGGGUGGCGAUUCCGAGGAGACGACGGCAAAUGUACUUAUAUUCCCUACUCUGAUAAAAUUCCUGAUGUUGCUCGGGUGAAAUCCUGGCCCAUUCAAGAGGCCAACGGUUGGGUUUACCUGUGGUAUCAUGCCGAAGGUAUUGACCCCACGUGGACAAUACCUGAAAUCGAAGAAGUGAUGAAAGGUGAUUGGGUGUACAAAGGGCGAACUGAACAUCAUGUCAAUGCGCAUAUCGAGAAACGGAUUUCUUUUUUCUUUCCUUUUUUUUCUUUUUUCCUUUUUUUUUCUUUUUUCCUUUUUUUUUCUUUUUUUCUUUUUUCCUUUUUUUCUUUUUUCCUUUUUUUCUUUUUUCCUUUUUUUUCUUUUUUCCUUUUUUUCCUUUUUUCCUUUUUUUUCUUUUUUUCUUUUUUCUUUUUUCCUUUUUUCCUUUUUUUCUUUUCCUUUUUUUUCUUUUUCUUUUUUUUUCCUUUUCCUUUUUUCCUUUUCCUUUUUUUCUUUUUCUUUUUUCCUUUUUUUCUUUUUAUACUUUUUCUUUUCCUUUUUAUACUUUUUCUUUUCCUGUUUAUACUUUUUCCUUUCCUCCUUUUUCCUUUCCUCCUUUUUCCUUUCCUCCUUUUUCCUUUCCUCCUUUUUCCUUUCCUCUUUUUCCUUUCCUCUUUUUCUUUUCUCUUUUUCUUUUCUCUUUUUCUUUUCUCUUUUUCUUUUUUCUUUUCUUUUUUUUUUUCUCUUUUUUCUUUUCUUUUUCUUUUCUCUUUUUCUUUUUUAUUUUUCUUUUUUUUAUUUUCUUUUCCUUUUCUUUUCCUUUUCUUUUCUUUUUUUCUUUUUUUUUUCUUUUCAUUACAUCUUUUUCUUCUUUUUGUUUCUUUUCUUUUUUUCUUCUUUUCUUUUUUUCUUCUUUUUUCUUCUUUUUUCUUCUUUUCUUUUUUCUUCUUUUCUUUAUUCUUCUUUUCUUUAUUCUUCUUUUCUUUAUUCUUCUUUUCUUUAUUCUUCUUUUCUUUAUUCUUCUUUUCUUUAUUCUUUUCUUUAUUCUUCUUUUUUCUUUUUUCUUCUUUUUUCUUUAUUCUUCUUUUUUCUUUAUUCUUCUUUUUCUUUAUUCUUCUUUUUCUUUAUUCUUCUUUUUCUUUAUUCUUCUUUUUCUUUAUUCUUCUUUUUCUUUAUUCUUUUUUAACAAUGACCAAUGAGAUCUGGUAUUCCUAUCAUUUACUCUCAGGAAACUUCUCUCUAUGGCCUAUUUUCACUCAGCCAGACUAA